CUCGUCGAUGGUAGUUGAUUUUAUAUAUUUUUUAAAAGUAAAGUGCAAGUGUGUGAUAAUGUGCUCUUAGAUAAUUUUUUCGUCGAAAUAUUCAAUAUGGAAACUAUACUCGUUAUUUCCUGUUUGUUCCUUUCUUUUGCAUCAUGUGGCGUGAUAAUUCCUGAGGAACUGCCAUCUCUAUUGUCAGUUGCGUACUCCAACAUUCCUCCCAUAAAGAAAGGAACCGAUUCAAGGAUAGGUUUUGGCUUCGCUUUUGGCAAUCAUGCUGACUUCCAAGUUAUGUUGGAACUGGGACCACAGACGAACACAAUGAAUUUAACCGGUCAACCUUUUCCCAAGAACGGCAACAGUAACAGCAAACGGCAAGCGUCGUUUCCACCACCAGCAAAAAUAAACAAGAACAGGGAAAAGUUUCUCCAAACUGACGCGGGAAAAUACCUCCAAACAUGGGCCCAGAAGAUGAAAAACCCUCCCAAAUCCGUCAAAAGACCAGCUCCGAAGCCUGGCGAUGUUAUAAAUCUAGAAGAUUCUAUGGUAGAACUAGUCAAGAACGAUAAAGGGGAAUACGAAAUACACCAGCCGAAGCCUGGACAUAUGCCACAGUAUGUAUUGGACAAUCUGAAAAGGUUGUAUGGGGAAAAGAAAGAAGAAGCCAAGAAGCUAGUUGAGAAGAAACGAAGUGAGGCAGAGAUUAAGAAGAUAACAGAGGAUUUAUCUGAUAUAGAUUUUGACUAAAUAAAUUUCAUAUUUCUCAGUA